AUGACAUGCUUUGUUCCUGACGAAGAUGUACCGUUGAAAGCCAAUGGUUCCUUGAACUCAAAACAUCUACGAAUAGAUUAUGAGCAAUAUAAAAAAGUUCCUAGGGAAAGUGACUAUGAUGCAGAUAUGUAUCGAAUCCUGCAUAAUUGGUUAGCAAAGCAAAGUGAUAAUCAAAAUCCUCUUGCUGUGCUCGAAUUUCUGGCAACAACACCUCCAUCAAUCUUAAAAGAGCAUUUUCGAAAGGGUUCUUGA